CUUAAAACCCUAGCUAGUUCACAAACCAACCUGUGUCUUAAACCCUCUCUCUCUCUCACCCUCUUCCACGAUGAAGAAAAAGACGGUGGUGGAAUCUGAGAUGAAGAAGAAGAAGAGCAAUGAGAAAGAGGAAGCACCACCGCCUCCAUCUGAUCAUGAUGAUUCCGACGACGAUGACUCCGAUGACAGUGUAGAAGUUUCCGACUAUGAUUCCAUUUCCGAAGACGAGGACUCUUCUGCAGAUAGCAUCGACGAUGACGACUCUUCUGAUUCUGACUCUGAUUCUAAAUCUGAAUUAGAAGAUGAAGAAGGUGCUUCACCUACUACUCAUCAUAAUGCCUCUGACGAUUCUGACUCUCAAGACGAGGAGGAGGACGUUGUCGACUCAGAAGGUGGAAGUGAAAGCUCUGAUCUUCAUCAGGAAGGAGGAGGAGCUGAGAGUGAUUCAUCUGAGGAUGAGGUGGCUCCUCGGAAUACCAUUGGAGAGGUCCCUUUGAAGUGGUAUGAGGAUGAACCCCAUAUUGGAUAUGACAUCAAGGGGAAGAAGAUUAAGAAGAAAGAAAGGGAAGACAAAUUGGGUUCCUUUCUUGCAAAUGUUGAUGAUUCUAAGAAUUGGCGGAAGGUCUUUGAUGAGUACAAUGAUGAGGAAGUGGUGUUGACAAAAGAUGAAAUCAAAAUGGUCCGCAAACUAAUGCAGAAUAAGGCACCACAUUCUGACUUUGAUCCACAUCCGGAUUAUGUUGAUUGGUUCAAAUGGGAUGAUGCCAAGCAUCCAUUGUCUAACGCACCCGAACCCAAACGAAGGUUCAUUCCUUCAAAGUGGGAAGCUAAAAAGGUUGUGCAGUAUGUUAGAGGAAUUCGCAAUGGAACAAUAACUUUUGACAAGCCAAAGAAGGAGGAUGAUUCAUAUCUCUUGUGGGAAGAUGAUUCUGGUUUGACAGAAAAAGCAAAUCAUUUGGCUUACAUUCCUGCACCAAAGCAGAAACUUCCUGGCCAUGAUGAGUCAUAUAAUCCUCCUUUAGAGUAUAUUCCAACCCAAGAAGAGAUUAAUUCAUAUCAAUUGAUGUAUGAAGAAGACCGCCCUAAGUUUAUCCCACAAAGGUUUACAUCUAUGAGAAGCAUCCCUGCGUAUGAGAAUGCUAUGAAGGAAAGUUUCGAACGCUGUUUGGAUUUGUACUUGUGCCCUCGAGUUCGAAGAAAACGUCUUAAUAUUGAUCCUGAAUCUUUAAAGCCAAAGCUUCCAAAUAAAAAGGAGCUUAAACCUUACCCCAUAACAUGCUAUAUCGAAUAUAAAGGCCACGAAGGUGCAGUUACAUCAAUUUCUAUUGAAGCUUCAGGGCAGUGGAUGGCUUCAGGUUCAAGUGAUGGAACUGUCCGUGUCUGGGAGGUUGAAACUGGCAGAUGUCUGAGACAGUGGGAGAUUGGUGAAGCUGUGAACUGUGUUACUUGGAAUCCUCUGUCUGAUAUUCAUAUUGUGGCCGUCUCUGCGGGACACGAUGUACUUCUGUUAAACACUGGCUUGGGUGAUGAAGAAGAACAGCAAAGGAUCAAGGAGCUUCUCUUGAUUGAUUCACCAGAAGCAUCAGAUGAGACUGGCAAGAAAGCACCUAGUGUACGCUGGCUUAAAGAUGAUAAACAUGAUGGUAUAAGGUUAAGGCAUUUAAAGAAUGUUACUUCUGUGGAAUGGCACCGGAAAGGUGACUACUUUUCAACAGUGAUGCCAGCGGGUGAAUCAAGAUCAGUUCUGAUUCACCAGUUGUCCAAGAAACUCUCACAAAAACUUCCUUUCAAGUUACAUGGACUUGCUGUUAGAUCAACCUUCCAUCCAUCUCGUUCCAUCUUCUUUAUUUGUACAAAGAAGACUGUUCGUGUGUUUGAUUUAUUGAAGUCUAAACAAAUAAAAAAGCUUGAUACCGGUCUCAAAGAAGCCUCGUCAAUUGCAGUCCAUCCUGGAGGUGAUAAUUUAAUUGUGGGGAGCAAAGAAGGAAAGCUUUGUUGGUUUGAUAUGGACCUUUCGUCUAAACCAUAUAAAGUUCUUAAGUGUCAUCCAAAAGAUAUUAACAAUGUUGUCUUUCAUCGUUCAUAUCCCUUGUUUGCUUCGUGCUCAGAUGACUGCACUGCAUAUGUUUUUCACGGAAUGGUUUAUUCUGAUCUCAAUAAAAAUCCUCUUAUUGUUCCUUUGGAAAUUCUACGGGGCCAUGCAAAUUCAAAUGGGAGAGGAAUAUUGGACUGCAAGUUUCACCCCAGGCAACCCUGGUUAUUUACAGCUGGGGCUGACAAGAUGAUUAAACUUUACUGUCACCAAUAAAAAUAUUUUGAUAAAUUCAUGCAUGAUAGUCUAAUGACAUCUAAGAAGAAGCCCGUAACUCUAUCCCCAAUUUUGUUCCCCAAUUGUUAAACAGAAAGCUGAAGCCACUGUUGUCCCAAAUUAAGGGGUAGGGGAGUUUCUGUCUAUAGUUUUGUUUAUGGGAAAUUGUUUGAGUUUGUUUUCUGAACAUCACAUUUAUUUCUUUGAAGUUGAAAUGCCAGGAAUUUGUAGCUUACUUGAAAUAGAACUGUAAUUUAGAUGUAGCAUAUAUACAACUAUUAGAUAUCAAUUUUAAGAAAUCCGAUGGAUGUUUUUCUUUCUGAGAAAUGUGACGUGGAGUUGGUAUGGUAA